CUCCCCCUACUCCCACUCCCCCCGGCCCUCGCCUUCCUCCUACUCGGCUCCUCCUUCCGGUGUGUACUACACUCACACUAGCCACUAGGCUUCCGGGUUCAGUCUCAGCUCAGCUUCGUUCAAGCCAUGGACGCCAUCUCCUGCCUGGCGCCGCCUGCCGCGCUCCUUGCCAGCUCCUUCGCCGACGCGGCCAUCGCGCGCGCUCUCUACUUCUCCAUGUCCGACUCCGCCGGCUCCUCCUCUUCGGCGCCCGCGCAGCAGCACUCGCCUCUGCUCGCGGACCUCGCGUACGCGUCCGCGCCCGCGCCGCACAUCACCUGCGAGUCCGUGCUGGUCGCCGACUCGCCGCGGCGCUCCCCGGGCGGACGCCGGCACCAGCUGGCGCCCGCGGGCGGGCGCGCGGGGAAGCGGCGGUCCCGGGCGUCCAAGCGCGUGCCCACCACGUACAUCAGCACCGACCCCGCCAACUUCCGGAUCAUGGUGCAGCAGAUCACCGGCGUCCAGGCCGAGCCCGUGUCGCCGGCCGAGGCCGCCGCAGGCAUCCUGCCGAUGACGUUCGAGGCGUCCCUGCUGCUGGCCGCGGACAGUACCCACGCCGGCGCGUUCGGGAACCCGCUGCUGGCGGCCGUGGCGCCAGGCGACGUGGCGUCGCUUCAUCACCAGCUCCAGCAGCAGCAGCAGCCGUGCUUCCCGACGCUGGACUCGUGGAACGUCAUGUACGAGAGGAACGAGCUGCUCUGAGCCACUCUCAGCCACUCACGCCAUGCAUUGCCUGCCAUUACUUAGGACCUAGAUCGAGCUGCUGUUCUAGCCUAGCUACCAGCAUGCAUGUUUUUCCUUUUCCUCUUUCUAUGUACGAGGAGAUCGAACUGGAGAAGCUAGCGUAUAGUAGCGUAUGUAAAGCAUCUACGCUGGACUCACGCCUUUUCCUCUUUCUAUGUAUUAAUUCUUGGUCUU